AUGGAUUUGCAUCGGAUCACCCUCGUGUUUCUAACGGCUCUUCUAAUGCAGUACAGUAACCACAUGGUCAGAUGCGUCAUAACAGAUGUACAACUGGUUGGUGGUCCAUCAUCUAAUAAAGGUACAGUAGAGAUCAAGCAAGAUGGCGGCGAUUGGGAGACGACAUGUGGAAUAAAUCUUGACAUAAAUGACGUCAUUGUCAUCUGCAGACAGUUAGGAUUCACUGGAGCAAGCAUAGCAAUGAAGACCAUACCUUAUGGACAGAAUUCAACCCCCGCCAUAGGUUUAGGUUGUGACGGAAAUGAAGGUAACCUGUCAGCAUGUCCUACAUUACCAACUUUAUCUUGGUGUUCUUCAGCAGGAUCAGCAUCUUGUCAUGGUGAGGGAUAUCUCGGAUGUUUUGUGGAUGAUGUGGGUAACAGAGUGUUUUCUGGCAAUAUGAAUGUUAGUUCAUCGAUGAGUAUUUCAUAUUGCAUCCAGUUCUGUCAAGAGUCUACCACAGCUAACUAUGCAUACGCUGGUGUUGAAAAUAGGGGUGAAUGUUAUUGUGGAGGAGCCAGUGAUAACUAUACUAGACACGGAGUGGGUGUAGAUUCGGACUGUUCUGCUCCAUGUCAUGGAGACCCAACUGACAACUGUGGUAGUUCAGGAUACAUAGCUAUCUUUAUAAGUCUAGGCGUUGUACUUGGCGAAGGUGUUGUCAUCAUUACCCUUAGUGUACUCCUCAUCGUCUUGGUAAUAUACAACUUUCGCAUCCGAAGGAUGAUGAAAGACUCUAACAAGGAUCAAAAGACACAGCAUGUAGAUUUGGUGGAAUCAUCAAGUUCGCCUAAAAAAGACACAGGUUUUUAUCAUGAUAUUCAGGAUGUCAUGAUAUCGGAUCCAUCGGCAACAUCUGAUGGAGACAUUCACUACUCUUCUCAGAUAUACGAACAUAAACGUGCCAAUGUAUUGAAUCCUGACGACACCAGUGCACCACACUACUCCUAUAUGAUCUAA